GAGAGGGAAUAGCUGGAAUGGUAAUUCGCCGUUCGUGGUGCAGCAACAUGAGCGUUUGCGGUACCGUUCGCUGAGAAAACGCGCGACGUGACAAAAUUCCAUUGCCGUGAAAUCGCGCGUACGGUUGUACGUGUCAGCGGGUCGCGCGGCGUUCGCGGGCUACGCGUGUGUGUUAACAGUGUCGGUGCACCUGAUAACGUUCCGCACACGUGGAUACGCGGCGGAGGCCCAUCACGCCGGGGUUAAGUUUUCGCCGGAUUCCACACGGAAGGAUACCGCGCCAAGUCAGCCAGCCAGCCCAGAGUCGGCGCGCUUCCCCUUCCUUCCCUUCCCCGAUCGGUCGCCGUCGUGCCGAGGAAUUGCUUUCGGUGAAAGGAAUUUUUCAACUUUAGGCUAAGAUGUCACAUCACAGCGACGACAACAUGCUAAUAGCAACAUCGGACUCCUUCUGGGAGCCAGGCAACUAUAAGCGAACGACAAGGAGGAUCGAGGAUGGACAUAAGUUGUGCGAUAGUCUGAUAGCUUUGGUCCAGGAAAGGGCGGAAAUAGAGAAAAACUAUGCUAAGGCGCUUAAAAACUGGUCGAAGAAUUGGAACGACAAGAUUGAGAAGGGACCUGAGUACGGCACGACUGAAGCGGCAUGGAAGGGCGUCCUAGUGGAAUCUGACAGGCUCUGCGAUCUUCAUCUCAGGAUCAAAGAAAAUCUCUGCAACGACAUCGUCCAGCAAGUCAAAACGUGGCAGAAAGAUACGUAUCACAAGUCGAUGAUGACCCUGAAGGAGCGUAAAGAAAUGGAAGAUGCGUUCAAGAAGGCGCAGAAGCCAUGGGCGAAACUCUUACAGAAGGUCGAGAAGGCGAAGUCCGAGUACCACAACAGCUGUAAGACCGAGCGAACCGCGGCGAACAUGGAGAGGAACGCCUCGGCGGACAGUUCUCUCUCGCCGGAUCAGAUGGCCCGAGGCUCUGAAAACGUGAAGAAGAUGCAGGACCGUGUGCAGAAAACGAAAGAGGAGGUGCAAAAGGCGAAGGAGAAGUACGAGGCGGCACUUCAGGAAAUCAAUCAGUACAAUCCAAAGUACAUGGAAGACAUGACGCAAGUGUUCGAGAAGUGUCAGGAGAUGGAGGCGCAGCGACUGCAGUUCUUCAAAGACGUCCUCUUCGGCAUUCACAAGUGUCUGAACGUAUCGCAGGAUCCAGUGCUUCCGCAGAUAUACGAGGAGUUUUAUCACACGAUAAAUAAUGCCGACCACGAGAAAGAUCUCAAAUGGUGGUCGAACAACCACGGCGUCAAUAUGGCUAUGAAUUGGCCGCAGUUCGAAGACUAUACAGAGGAGUUCCGCGAGAUCACGAAGGGCUCGAAGUCGAAGGAGGCGCUCCCGGCAGGCUCCAUCACUCUCAUCAAUCAACGCCCGGUCGGCGAGGAUCUGCAUGAAUUUCCACCAGUCAAUAACAAAUCAAAAUCUAAGUCCGCUGGCCGAGUAAUAUCGGUGGAGGGCAAUCACGGAGAUAGCAAAACGGAUACCAUAAGUUCCGGCAAACAGUCCUCGGAAAAGAAUAACGAGACUGACAGCGUUAACAGGACUUCAACUAUCACUAACGGUACUAACGCCAAGCAAGAGUCGAACCCGUUCGAAGAAGAGGAAUGGGACGAAGACGGUGGUGAACCGCUGGUCGACAAUGGAGAACCAGGGGUUCCCGUGCGAGCAUUGUACGAUUACGAGGGAGCCGAAGCAGACGAGCUCAGUUUCAAGCAAGGAGAUGUAUUUGAAAAACUGGAAGAUGAAGAUGAGCAAGGAUGGUGUAAAGGAAGGAAGGACGGAAGAGUGGGCCUCUAUCCGGCGAAUUAUGUAGGCUUGGUGUCGCAAUAGAUUACUAAUGCAAAGCCAAAUCCAGAAGUUAGUUACUUAAAUAAUAUGUAAUCUCCGUGAGGAACAAAAUUGUGCAUUUCGUUUCUCUUCGCUGUCAUUUACGCGAGUGGAGGAUUUGCGGAACCAGUUUCGCGACGCGCUUUCAGGACGCGGCUUAAGAUGAAUGAAUUUGAAAGAAGAAACGGGUUGCAACAAGUUUCUGAAAUCCGAUACCUCUAAGGCAUAAACUGCAUUUAUGAAUUGUAUAAAUGGCGAUUCCCUUUCCGAGAUCUUUCCUUCGCGACUGAUUUAAAUGAAUGAUUUCCUACACGAAGAUAUAUCCCUCAUUCAGAAUGAAAAUUUGUUUUUAGAUAGCUAGGUUAGUCAAAAUUCUUCACUAGUUAAUUUUUGUGGAUAAAUAUGAAUUACAUGCGCAUGCUGCGCUUAUAGCAAGUUUAGGAUAUUGGAAUAUUAUACAUUUUAUGACUCAUUGUUGUAACUCAUUGUUGUAACAAAAAGAAUCUUUUGGUUGAGACGCGAUGAGAGUUCUAUUUAAUUUAUUGUUAUUAAAAAAAAGAAGUACUAUUAAAAACUAAUGUCUAUAUAAAUGGUGUCAUUGUACAUAAUAGAUGUAAGAAUCUAGCAAUACGUGAAAUUAUUGUCACUUAAUGAAUUUAAAGUGUUACAGUAUAUUUAAAGUAUGUGAACAUAAAAUACAUGUCACUUUGAAGA